AUGCAAUACCAUUCUGACCAGAAAGAGACCUGCGAUCAGAUCGCGGACCAAGUAACAAAGAAUGUCACGGGUAUCGUUUUGCAGGCAGUUCAUGAUAUGAUUCAACCGCUGAGCAAUUCUCUCGCUCAGUGUGUGGACACUCUAGCAAAGCACAAUACCAACGUUGCAGGAGACCAGGUGAAUCUAGCGACCCGAGACCUGAAAGACAUGAAGCAGGUCCUCAACAGCAUUGUGGAAACAAGCCGAGUGCAGCUGGAAGCCUCCCAGAGUGAGGGAGCAACUAUCCAAGAACUGCUUUUGCCAGCCAUGACUGAACACCGGAAGGAUAUUGACAAUCUUGUGCAACGCGCUACAAAGAUCGAAGAACGCACAUCAGAUGUUGAGGAGUAUCUGGAGCUCCAGCUCGCCGACAAGGGUGGCGAUUCAGUCCGCAACGCUCCUCAGGACGAACACCAUACCUUUUACAAUCAUGAAGAGGCGGGAGGGGGUUAA